GUUUCAAUCUCUGUUGCCCAAAUCAUUAUGCCAAGAAUCACUCAUUGUAUCUUUGACAUGGACGGUCUGCUCCUAAACACGGAGCAAGUCUAUUCGGAAGUUACUCAGGAAGUACUUGACAAGUACGCACCUGGACAACAGUUUACCUGGGAUUUCAAGAGCAAAUUGAUGGGAAGAAUUGGACAUGAAUCUGCAGCCAUGAUCGUCGAACACUUCAAGCUCCCAAUGACGCCCGACGAAUACCUCGAAAUUUCGUCCGUUAUACAGGAGAGGAAAUUUCCCUACUGCAAGCCCCUUCCUGGUGUCGAGAAACUGAUUCAGCACCUUCAUGGCCACAAGAUACCCAUUGCAGUUGCUACUUCAUCUACGCGCUCUAAAUUCGAGGCUAAGACCAGCUCAUGCAGAGACAUGUUCAAGCUGUUUGAUUACAUUAUUUGUGGCGACGAUGCUGAUAUCAAGCGUGGCAAGCCUGCUCCUGACAUUUUCUUGGCUGCCCAACGCCACCUCGGCAAUCCUCCUGCAGAAAAUUGUCUUGUAUUUGAAGAUGCCAUCAAUGGCAUCGAAGCUGGUCUUGCAGCCAAUAUGCAUGUCGUUUGGAUCCCUGAUGUCAAUUUGUUGGAGCUGAAUGGAAAGGAUAAUACUCAUGGUGCUUCCCAAGUGUUGGAAUCUAUGGCUCAUUUUGAUCCCGAGCAUUUUGCUUUACCUGCUUACAAAGGCUCGGAUUCUUCCAAGCCUACUGAGGUCAUUACCGAGAAAGACUUCCAGUGAUGUUCUGUAUUGUGAUAAUAGGCUGGCAAAUAUCUCUUAAUGUUAUUUUCAUUUCUAUUAAAUAAACUAGAAGCAGCAAUUGCUUUUCAGUAUGGAAAA